AUGCGUAGUAUUGUGUCAAACAGUGAGCUAAAAAAGGAUAUUGAUGACAUAUGCGCUCUGGUAACUGAAGAUUCGUCCUUAAUUCAAACUGCUGGAGACCGGAAGAUAACCUUUCCGAAUGGAAUCCAAAUACAUAGUUAUUUCAACUCGUGCGAUUCCAGUAAUGAACUGCCUACUUUGAUCGAUCCUUCACGAACUCGUAAAGUUUCAUUCAAUCUGUCUGGCUCGCAAGGCAAUACAAGUAAUUUAGACGUCAACCACUUAACAUCCUCUAGUUCAUCGAGUCAAGUUCGCCAAAACUACCUCUUGUAUUUUCCUACUGUUGUGCUCACAGAAGGUGAUGUUAGUGUUUUAUGCACAACUUUAAAAUCUAUUUGCUCAAAAGAACCUAGUGUUUGUAUUUCUGGUGUUCGCUUUUUUCACGAUGUUGUACUUAAAGACUUUCCAUCUGAAUUGUUUCUUCAAAGAACUGAUUUCAUUAAGAAUCUUUUUCGGAUUUUAAAUGAAGAGAAUUUGGAAAUCACUUAUUCAACUACCAGCUGUUUGAUUAGCUUUUGUCGUGCUCUUAUCAGAAGGGUUUAUUAUCAUUUGGAUCCUAACAGUUACACAUAUUCAAGUCCCCAUACCUCAGAAACUGGUGAAUGGAUGACGUUCUCUGGAGCUUUCGAAACACACGUAAUAGCCAAUGGCUUAAUAAUAGUCUUAAAUCAUCGAAACCAGCUGACAAAACAAGACAUUUCUAAGACGUCAAACACCAAUACAGGUUAUAACAAUCAUGACUGGGAAUAUAAAUUAGAGUCUAAUAUGUUGCUUCUUCUCGAUAUUGGAAUCAAUUUGUUGCUGAUUUGUUUAUCUCCUCACCGUCAUGCAACUCGGUUUGGCGAAAUUAACCAAAAUAAUCAAUCAAAUGACCCCAUGUCAUUUAUCAACACAGUAUUCUUAAUUGUUCCUCCUAAUGUUGACCUUAUUAAAUCUUCUGAGUUGCCACAUGAAUUUUAUACAUGUUUGGAGCAAUUAGGUUCAGUUUUAUCCCUUUAUUCAACCAGUCACAUUCAUGAUAAUACAUCAGUUACAGAAUCUCCAACCAGUUGGGAUACUUCUGAGAUGAACGCCUAUAUUAGUAAGGCUAAUUUACCUGGUGAAUGUAAGAGACAAACCUAUGUUGGUCUGAUUACUAAAAUAUUUCAAUUAAUAAGUUCUUUAUUCACUCCAGAAACGGCAUUAGCUGUUCUCUCCACUGACGUUAAGAACCAAUUGUCUGUUGCUCUAUUGGAUGUGUCAUUACUAAUUAACUCGGAACCUAUGCAUGAAUCACAAAAAAUUGGACUACCAGCCUAUGUAGCUUUAUUCAAUUUUACAAUUUAUUCAACAUGGCUACUUUUUCAACAGCUUCAAAAAUCCAUGUUUCAUUUGAUUGAUUUUCUUGAUAUGAAUGAAAUUUCACUUUUAUCCUCUUCUAAUGACCAGAUUAAUGAAACGAACUUGAAUUUGGCAAUGGACGCUGUAGAUUCACUUGAUAUUACUGGAUCAACGCGUUUUGCUUCCAAUUUUGUUGAGUUUCUCAGUCAAUUCUAUGUAAAGCAUCAAAGUACAUCAUCAACUGUUUUGUGGCGUGGUCAGCUCAUCCUUCUUCGAUUACUUAGCCAUGAGUUGGUAGCGAUUCGUAAGGCUACUUAUUCUCAAGUGCUUAAACUACUGAAAGUUGCUAUUCAUCCAAAUUUUGUUGCGAAUCCAUCUUCUUCUUUGGAUACUAUUAAUUUUCUAUUGGAAGAUGAAAUUCUAUGUGAAUGGAUUAAUUUUGGCUUGAAAGAUACAAAUCCAGAAGUAGCUUCAUUGGCUUGUGAAGCAUUUGCAUUGUUGUUAAAUUCCUAUGCAUAUAUUAGUGAUACAGGAUGGAAAAAAUUACACCAUUUAUUAAUGGAACCAGCUUCCUCAAGUUCAUCGAUAAAAGUAUUCAGACCACUUACUGUUUCUUUGGGUCCAUUUGCUUUAAAAGAACCUCAAACAACAGAUUUUAAAUUAAAUACUCUUGGUAGUGUGGCGCUAGAUUGGUGUUUAGGUCGCAUGAGUCAUUUCGGGAGACAAGAACUAGAACAACAAAAUUUAGAUAAACGUAGUUUGAUGAACAUCUUAAUGUCAUGUUGUCGUUUAUUAUUGCAUCCCGUUAAUGAAGUACGUGAUGAAGCUGCUGUUAUUAUUAAUUGGUGUUUACAAUAUCAUUGGAGAAAACUUUCACAUGAACCAAAUUCUAAUAGAAUAAAUAGACACGAUAUAAAUGAUAUACCUUCAGCUGCAAAUAACUGUCGUAUAGAUAUCAGGAUUAAUGGUCAUGAAGAUAGUGAAUCUAUUCAAAAGAACAUCUUUAAAACUGGAAGAUUAGUUCUUGGUUUUACUUCAAGUUCAUGUGCUGAGAGUUUACGGAAUCAAUUAGUAACACAGCUUGGAUCGAAAUCACCUUCGCUCAUUUUGAAUCGUGAACAAAUUACAUCUUUAAACUUUGGAAAUAAAUUUCUGGAACCGAUCGAGUGCUUAAUUCAGAUGAUGAAGCUUUUAUCAGAUGAUCAAAUAAAUUUGACCACUAGAAAAGCUGCUAUUGAACAAGUGAUCAUAUUUAUUCGACGUCCUGUACUGUUAUCAGCUUGGCGUGUACAUCGUGGACCUGAGUUUCUAGUUGGUUGGUUUAAUCAAGUUGCAAAUGAUUUAGUGUUGUUAUCAAUACAACAAAAUUCUUCGAAAACAAAUAUUUUCAAUCCAACAAUAAAUUCCAAUUCAUCUAUCAUUGUAUUACUGCCAUUUAUGGUUCAGUUAGCCUGUUUAACUGCCAUAUGGGAUACGUCGACACGACUUAUUUUCUCUUGCGAGCCAGAUUUCUUAUGCAGUAUUAUUUAUUUACUGAAUGUAUUUCCCAGUUCGGAGAUGCUACAUCGAGAUUUUGUUGAUCUAAUUACUCUGAUGGCUUUCACUCCAGUUAUUCAAGUUUCAAACGAAAGUCCUAUUUGUUUACCUCAAAACGUUAUAUCUGGCUAUCGAUUACCGUUUACAUGCCCAGCUUAUUCAUUUCGUUCACAAUUGCGUGAUCCUAAUGGCAAUGAAGUAGUUGGCCGUUUUCAACCCCUUUCCAAAUUAGUCAACUGUACAAGUGAAGAUCAAAAUACAAUUGUUUUGUGUAGCCUAAUCAGACGAAAUUUUAAAUUUAUUUGGGCUUUUGCUUGUCAUAAAGGUUUAUCAAAUCUUAUCUCUCAUACAUUGUUCAUGAUCGAUUCGCAUCCGAAUCCCAGUGCAGUCGAUCCAUGUGGUGUGGAUGUGUGUCUUAAACGAGCACGUGAAUAUAGUCCCCUCCUCAGUCAAUUUUCUUUAUCAUGCCUGGAUGUUACUCUUUUACUUGUGAGUCAUCCAACCUCAAGUUUUAUACUCAGCUUAACAUGCAUUCGUCGGUCGGCUAAUCAUUCUAGCUUACUAGAAUCACUAGGAUUUUUAUAUCGAUCUCUAUCAGCUCAUAAAACGCAAUAUUAUCAUCAAUGGCAAGAUAACUGCUGUAUAAAUCCAAUUGUGGAGUCUAACAAAUCUAAAGAUUGUUGGUGGAUAUAUGCACAGCUUGAUCGAUUUAUGUCUAUAUUACCAUCUUGUACAUCUGAUUACAAUCUGUUUGCUUCAUUGUUACGUGCUAUUCAUGAAGUUGGACUACAUUUAAUUCCAUUCACUGUUAAUUAUUUUUCAAAUUCAUCUAAAGAGUAUGUAUGCGAUUGGUUAAUGUUUAUGAUAGGAGAUCUACAAGGCCCUUUGAGUUAUUGUCUUUUACAACCGAAAGCUGGAGUUGGUGAAACAGAUAGUCCGCGAUUAAUAUCUGCUAAACGACAUUUAAUUUAUCAUGAUCUCCCCUAUUUAUUAAGUGAUUUGUUUGAUACACUACAUAAACUGAACAAUAUCACAGAUAACAAUUCAAAUAGUAUAUUCGCCAAGUACUCUGGAUCACAAUUUCAUAGCAUAUGUGAUUUCAAAGUGUACGAAGUUUGUUUCCAGUGGGCUUGUAAUACUUUGAAAGAAUUCAUAGCUUCGCCAUUUUCUGAUCUGGUUCGAUUAAAUCAGUUAGCUAAUAUAUUAGCAAGAUUGACUUCACCUAAAUUUCAAGAAAUCAUUCUGAUUGUGAACGAUGGUGAAGUUAUUGAACAUUUCAUUGAUCAUGUAUCAAAAUUGCUUUCAAUAUUUAUGCAACAACACAAUCAUCAAGCUAAUUAUUCAUAUAAGGGAUCAUCUAAUAUUAUUUUAUUCCUAACUGUAAUGAAUAAUUUAAUUCAUACACUAUCUGUUCAACCAUUUAUACAACAAUCAGAUUUGAAUAGUGUCCUAUUAGAUGAUAAUAAUAAUGAUAUGGAUAGUUAUCAAAAAUAUAUAACUUGGAUCGAUCAAGAAUGGCUUUUGCAAAGUUUAACCUAUCAUCAAACGGAGGUUCGUGCUCUAGCUUUAUCAAUUCUAAGUCGUAUAUGCUUAGUUCCAAUUUGGUUACAACGUUUGCUAAUGCGUAAUGUUUCUACCGAAACACGCACACUUUUGUCUAUUCAUUCACUUGCGUGGUCAUCUCCAGGUGCAAUUUGGGAAUUGGCAUUUCAUUUUUUGAUGAAUUCGUCCGAAUCUUGUUGGGUUCGCAUCAUGGCUGCAAAUUUACUGAUUAAUUUGACAUCUCUACCUUUAAAUCCAAGGGAUUCAAUAAUCUUUUUCCCUCCUGCCAUAAAUGAACUUACAUCAGGUUGCUCAGAACAAGCAAAUCUACACGAUAGGUUUCACAUUUCACCCAUACCAUCCAAUUCAUUUACUUUAGGAAGUCAAGAAACAUCAAAUAGUAUUAGAUAUGAUACUGAAGAUUCUAAUAAACCUAUAGUAGAUUUACAAGAUAUUCUCAAUUCAGAUCAAUGUUCUCAACAACAAAGAGAUAACAUUAAACAACUUAUGAAUAUUUUAAAGCCAUGGACUGAUGAACUGUUUACGCAAGAAAACAUGAUGAACAGUAUAGAUCAUCAAAUGCAGUUCACACCCGUGUGUAUGUCAGAACCAUCAAAGAAUAUUACUAUGCCUGUUUAUGCAGAUCGUGAUGCAAAUUUAUAUCUUAUUGGAUUGCCUGCAUUGCAUCAACUGAUAGGUUUAAAAGAUUUCUUUAAUUAUCUCUGUCGUUUGAUCACUUCUCACUUACCUGAAACAAUGUUCAGUAUAUCUCAAUGGUAUCGAUUGACUAUGCCAUCUGCAAGCAACAAUGAAAAGACUUUACCUUGUACUAAUUUAAUUGAUUUACAAUCUUCAACAACACCUAAUAACAAACCGGAGGCAAUUACUUCAACAGUAUCGACAGCGGGAACAAUCGGUAUAAGUCAAUCUGUUCAUUCCAUAAAUAAUAAUGUAGCUGAUCCUUCAUCAGCAUCGUAUAUUCCAUGUAUUUGUACAUCCUCACUUUUAAGUACAGUUAUUCACUUGUUGAUUAAUUUGAUGCAUCAUUUACCUAAAUUUGUUCUCAAUGAAUUGAGACAACAUCGGAUAAAUCCAUUAAUAAUGAAUAUGAUUGAUCCAAAUUUGUUACAAGCUUCUAUUCAACAAAAUGCUAUUUCUUCUACUACUACAAGUAACAAAGGCAUAAACUGCGAUUUAACUGAAUCGUUCAGUCCAAAAAACUCAUGUAGCCAAUUAAUUCAAUGUUAUGCCGGUUGUUUACAUGUUUUGCGUUGUCAGGCGACAAUGAAUGAAGAAUGUCGUAUGAAUUUAAUUUCCGACUCCCUUUUUUUAACACGCAUAAUUAUACUUUUAACUAUUCCAAUAAACCAUGUUGAUCUAAUGGCUUCUUUGUGGCAAGAGAUUUUCUCACUUUUAACAUGUUUAUUGAUUUAUUCGAAUAAUGAAGAAACAAAAUGCUUGAAUUUACGUUUAAUUUUGAAGCCUUUAACUAAUGUGUUACCUAACCUUAUGGAUAUUAUCCUCACAUUUAUUGACAAAGCUGAAUUGGAAAUAUCUAAAGAAUGUAAAGAUCGUCAUUCUGUGAAAUUCUGUGCUCACGCUCGAAUAGCUUUACAAUUUUUGGUUGUUGUUAUGUCACAUCAACGUCCAGUUUCCUUGAAUCCAGUAGUUAAUCGUCUAGAGAAAGAGUAUACACUGGAUACAAUUAAAUCAAAACAUCCAAAUUCUGAUGAAUCAUUAAAUGAUAUUGUUUAUCUCACUCGACGUUUAGUUCAGUUGUCAAAUUCCAGUCAUUUUAUUUCACAGGAUGCAACAUCACCUAGAUUAUCUAGUUAUAAUUCAAUGGCAGUCAUUAUCAAUUAUAAAAAAGCUGUUGAUGAUGCAUUACGAACUCUUAUUGGGAUAUGUCAUGCAAUCAAAAUUACUGCUCUUGAAGAUGGUUUUUUAGAGGAGUCGAUUGUAAAGCUACAACUUCUUCGAGCAAAAAUGGAAUUAUGUUGUAGUAAUGUUCAUACAAAUUUAGAAUCUGAUAGAUCAACUUCUUGCGACUCGAAACUAUCUUUGUCAAGUAGAGGAAGUAUAGAUCAGAAAACUGAACGUCGACAACAAACAGUAUCUACGUGGCUUAAACUUUCGGAUGAAAUGAUUGCAAAUUUAGAAAUAUUACAUAAUCUUGUUUAUAUGUGCCCGGAAGCUAGAAUGCGUGCUAUAGAAUCAGGAAUUAUUCAAGUGAUUAUAUGUAUUUGGCCUUUGGCUUUGCAAGAUUUACGAAUCCUACGAACAAUACUUGGUUUACUUGCUAAUUUAACAGCUGACUUUCCACAAGCCUCCUCUGCUCUAGUUAGUCCUCCUAGUACAAUCAAAGUUAAUCCUUAUAUAAUUUCUCCAUCGAAUCAGAUUCCAGGCUCCAAAAGCAAUACACAAGGAAAUAUUUCUAAAACAGAUGCUCCUAUUAUACUGUUCAAUUCAUCAAAUUCCUUAACACUAAAUAAUUCAUUUAUUCAAUCAUUGUGUAAUUUAAUUCCAAUGUACAAUCAAUUCAUAUUAACCGAAUCAAAUGUAAAGUGUAAUACAAACACACUAGGAAUAAAUACUAAGACAAGUCAAUCAAAGUAUUGUACCAAUGUUAUGAGUAACAAACACACUACAAAUAUACAAUACAAAGAUAUAUAUAAGUUAACCUUUCAAUUGCUAGCUAAUAUGGUAUGGGCACCAGAGACAAGAUCUUGUCUAUUGAAAUCAAAAUUUCUUAAUCACAUAUCAGAAUUGAACCCACGAACAUUGACUAAACGUCGUCGUGGACAGUUUAUACUUACUCUUUGGUUACAAUUGAUUAUUAACAUAUCAUUCACUAAAGAUGGACAGCAGAUCCUGUUUAGUCAACCAAAUUUAUCUACAAUUUUGAUCAAUUGUAUUAAUCAUUGCAAAACUGAUAAUCGUGAAACGGCGUUAGUGAUCUUGAGAAAUUUAUGCACAAACAGUACUCUCAAGUUAAAAUUAUUAACUGGAGAUCUUAAUGUUGUCAGUUGCUUUCGUGAUAUAUUACUGGAUCCUCAUUUGGAUGCGAAUUCAUUAUAUUCAAUCACAGUUGUACUUAGUGCUAUUGAAGCUUCAAUUCAUGACAGUAAAAAGAUUCGUGUAUUUAUGAAAUCUAAUUCCUGUUUACGCCAUUUGACAAACUUUUGGGAGUCAUAUCAAGUCAGAAAUGAAUUUCUAUCAAUUUUUCCAAGAAUUCGGUCCUUAAUAAUAAAGUUACAAGGAUAACAAUUCAUCGUUUGCAAACAACUAAUACCCGUGAAAAUAGAUACAAUUUGUACAUAAGCUGAAAAUUGGAUAAAAUGUGAAAUAUCGGAAUAUGAUUGAUUUAUUGUUAAUUUUUUCUUAAAAUAAACUUUUGAAAUAAUUCAACA